AUGAGAAGACCUGGGUUACCAAAUCAAGGUAAUACAUGUUAUUUAAAUGCUGUUAUUCAAGCCUUAUAUUCAUGUUCAUCUUUUAAAAAUGAAAUUUCUCGGAUGUCUAAAUUAUUUAAUUCUAAUAAAAAUAGUUUUAAAUUAAAUUUGAAAUUAAUGUUGUAUUUUGAUGUAAUUCAUAAUUUAUCAAUUUUAUUAAUAAAUAUGGAACAUGGAAAUACAAAUGGUCUCAAACAAUUUACAAAUUCUAUUAUGAGAAUGAAAAAAAAAUUUUCAAUUCAUAGUCAACAAGAUGCACAAGAAUUUCUUUUGUAUCUAUUGGAAGCAGUUGAUGAUUGUCGUGAAUAUUUGAAACGAAAUCUUAACUGUGAUUUAAUAAGUCCAUUUAAUGCUUCAUCAGCGCAAAAAAUUAUAUGUCAAAACUGUAAAAAUGUUUCAACAAAAGAUCAACGUUUUAACAUAUUAACAAUUCCUUUAAAUGCAAAUUAUAAUGAAAAUUCAGAAAAAUAUGGGUCAUGGAGCUUGACUAGGUGGGCUAAUGUUGAACAAUUAAAAGGAGAAAAUAAAUAUUCAUGUAGUCAUUGUGCAUCUAAACAAAAUGCUUUUAUGUAUCCAUGGAUAAAAGAACAACCCCAACAUUUAAUUUUACAUUUAUGUAGAUUUGGAAUAGCUACAUCAAGAAGUUACUCUAAACAUGGAAAUUAUGGUUUUAUAAAAAAAAUUAAAGGUUGUUUUCCUAUUCCUUAUUUUAUACCAUUUUGUCAUCAUUUUUUUCAUGGAAAAUAUUAUGAUAGUGAAUAUUAUGAACGUUUGUUAAAAUCUACAGAAGAUGUUAAUUUAAUAAAAGCACAAUAUUCAGAUGAAAGAUUUAUAUCUCAAGAGUUUGUUGGUUAUUAUUUAUAUGCUAUGGUAAUUCAUAUAGGAAACAGUAUUGGGUCGGGUCAUUAUGUGAUGGCAUAUAGAAUGAAAACAAAUAAUCCAUUAAAUUGGAGAAUAUAUGAUGAUGCCUCAACAUAUACUAUGGAUGUUUUAACUUUAUAUCGUAAUCAAAAGUAUUCACCAUAUUUACUGUUUUAUGAAUUACUUAAUUAA